CAAAUUCGAUGAGUAUUGAAUAGUAUUCAUAUUUCAUCCUUGUUUGAGAAUUGAGCAGUGGAUCAGUCGUGCUGUCUGCCGAAAGAAAGUGUGUCCGCCUUCUUCCUCAAUUUCCAGUUCCAAUGUCGUCAAACAACCCUUCUCAGCUUCUCCCCUCAGAACUCAUUGACAGGUGCAUUGGUUCUAAAAUUUGGGUGAUUAUGAAGGGAGAUAAAGAGCUUGUUGGUACUCUUCGAGGGUUUGACGUUUACGUUAACAUGGUUCUUGAAGACGUUACUGAAUAUGAAAUUACUCCUGAAGGACGAAGAAUCACAAAACUCGAUCAAAUUCUGCUCAAUGGAAAUAACAUAGCCAUCUUGGUUCCUGGUGGUUCACCGGAAGCAGAAUGACAGCUCGGGCCUGUGCCUUUAUUGUUUUGAUGGUACCUUGUUUUUUCACAACGGCAGAGAGGUUCAAUUAUUUGUAAAACCUACUGCCAAUGUUAGGACAUCUAUCAUACAUGAAUUCACCAAGAAAUUAGAGAUGUUUACCCAUCGAUUGAUAGACGGAUGUUAUUGAUGAUUUGUAUUUCAAAAUGUUUUUACUCUUGAAGUUUC